AUGCAGAUGUUAACGCCCGAACCUCCGAUUUUUGUGGAACGAACUCUGGCCCUCAUCAAACCGGACGUCGUCGACAAAGAAGAAGAAAUAGAGGACAUCAUUCUCCGAUCGGGAUUCCUGAUCGUUCAGAAACGGAAGCUCCAGUUAAGCCCAGAGCAAUGUAGCAACUUUUAUGCAGACCAGUAUGGGAAAAUGUUUUUUCCUAAUUUAACAGCCUACAUGAGUUCUGGACCUUUAGUUGCUAUGGUUCUUGCCAGACAUUGUGCAGUCUCAUACUGGAAGGAAUUGCUUGGACCAUCAAACAGCAUAACAGCUAGGCAAACUCACCCUCACAGCUUAAGAGCAAUCUAUGGGACUGAUGAUCUGAGGAACGCGCUUCAUGGCAGUCUCACCAUUUCCUCAGCAGAAAAAGAAAUUCGAUUUAUGUUUCCAGAAGUGAUCUUGGAGCCAAUUCCAGCUGGACAAAGAGCUAGGGAUUACUUGAACCUGUACGUGAAGCCUACGUUACUAGCUGGGCUCACUGCCCUGUGUAAGGAGAAGCCAGCAGAUCCAAUGACUUGGCUUGCUGACUGGUUGAUUGAACACAAUCCUAAUAAACCUAGGGUACAACAUCAGAUCACUGAGGAAGAGCAUCAGCCACUGAAGGCAAAGAUCCAAGAAGCAGCCACACAGCGUGUUCGCUUACACCGUCUUGUGGAGCCGCGGAAGAAAGAGAACAGGUCGAGCAAAGGCCAGAACGCUUGCUUUCUCGAAUGGCUGAAAGCCCAGAGAUGGCGUGCUGAGAAGGUAUCUAGACCCUCGUUUGGAGGCCACGUGGUGCCCCUCACACCACUGGCGCUGUGCCCACGUCAACGGCUGGUGGCAGAUUUUGUUCUGGGCUUGACUUUUCCUGACUUCUGCACCCGCUACCUGACUUGCCGUCCAGACUGCAUCUGCGACCCCGGUGACAAACCGCUGCCGAAGGUAGCUCCCACAGGGCACGUCCCCGGCAAGUCUUGUACCCUGUCAGCGCCCGUCUGCUUGUCUCGGUAG